GUAGCAUUUUCAGUCAGUUGAUUUUUUGCUGCUGUGCUCUAAGUUUGUUAAGAAUUUUGCAUUCCUGAACGCUUUGCUGCUAUCAUUAUGUCGCGUUCUACAUUUGCCGUCGUGAUUGGUGUCGUGAGUGCAGUCUGGCAUUUCAUGGUUGCCGCAUUAUUGUUUAUCAUUGGCAAUGUUUUCGAUGAAGUUGUUGAGGAAGAGAAUGCCUCGGAGGUGAAGGAUGCAACCGUAGAUCCUGAGAAAUAUGCUGCCAUGAAGGAAAUGAUUAGUGAUUAUGUUAUGGGCUUCUUGUUCCUUGGUAUCCUUGCCUGUAUUUUUGAAAUUAUUGUUUCUAUCCUGUUGGUUGUUGGGGUCAAGAAGCAACGCCCUCACCUAGUUGCCCCCUGGGUUUAUGUAACAGUUAUUGCUCUGGUCCUGCAAAUGGUGAACAUUUUCGUUGAUGCCGACGAUAGCAAAGAUAAAACUGAAUUUUUGGAAAUCAUUUCUUGCGUAUUCUAUGCUGCCAUCUGGUAUCCCAUCUAUCGUCUCUACAAGAAAAUGGUUAGGGAACAAAAGACUGUCAUGCCCCAUACCGUCAGCAGUCCUGUGAAUCCCCAUUAUGUUCCUUAUGUUAUGUCCGUAUCGGAUUCCAAGACAGUUCCUCUAUCAGAUUUUUCUCACAGCGCUAAAUAUGUUCAUGCCGAAGCUAAAGUUGAGACCGUUGUUCCAGCCCAAACAAUGUAUCCUGAAAUGCCCGCCGCUCCCGUUUAUCCCACCAAAGUUUAAGCCGAUUUGUUUCGUUUGGAAUUGGGCAUAUUGUUUCAAGACAAAAUGAUAAAAUAAAAAUAAUAAAAAUGUGGGCAGAUUAAAAAAAUUA